CUUUAAUAUGUGGCAGAACAAGAGAUAAAAUGUCCAGUUAGGUUAUAGCUUUUGAUCGCUUAUCUACAUUUAUAGCAUUUAGCUGACAAUUUUAUCCAAAGCAACUUACAAUUAUGCCUGAACACAACUUGAGCAAUUGAGGGUGAAGGCCUGAGAGACCAAAGAGUCCCAACAUGGCAGGGCUUAAACCAGCAUCCUUCCAAUUAUAAGUCAAGUAAAGUACCAUGAACUUUUUUAAUUUGUAGAAAAGUAAUACUUUGUUUGAGUAUGUAUAAGAAAUCACAAAGGUUGAGUGUUGCAAACUGUUGGUACCCGAAAUGCCAAUAGUUCCAUCCGACCUCAGAUGUCACGACCAACAGCUUAAUGGUCAUCGAUUAUAUGGACUGCACUUCCCUCUAGUGGUAAUAGUUUUUUUUUGUUGUUGUUGUUUAAACGUAAUAAUAAAAUGUUCAUUUAUUUUGUUUUUCCGACUAUUCCCUCUUGCACUUGGAAAAAAUUCCAUUGGAAGACUACGGCCAUGAGAAUUCGAUGAUAAAUUGCAAAGACGAAAGUGUCCUCUUUGGGUUGAAAAGCUUUCCAAACCCAGUCAUCGGCCUCCCCUAGUGGUUCAACAGGCAAUUAAUGUUUGGGUGGAUUACGUCAUAGUUUGAGGAUAAAUCAAUUUAUGGGUCAUACACCGUCGCUUAUUGGGUCAUCAUAAAGACCAUUAUGAUAAUGUGUGCUGAAAAUGGGACUCCUCUAAGUGCGGAAUUAUUACCUACGAGUCACGAUAAUACAAUUUGAGUGAACAGUCUACAGAAUACUAGGUCGUCUAAUGAUUACAGACCAGAAGCAACAACAGCGACGACAGGAAUAAUACAAACAAACAAACCACACUGAAAAAGAACAGCACUGUAUUACUUCAUCAAUGUGAUGUCCAUCUUUUAUCUAGGCUAUGGAACUGUAAGCAAAUUAAUACUAGUAUUCCCUAAUCUGGCAUUAAUGAUAUCUUCGGAGAAAAAAUUUUUUGUUAUUGUUUUUUGUUUGUUUGUUUGUUUUGUUUUUGUUUGUUUAUUUGGGGGGUUUUGCAAGUUGAUCAGAAUUUUGUCACGUUGAAGGAAACUAUUCAAAACUUACACGCCACGUCUUAGGAAACCCAUGGUAAAAUAAUAAUGUCGAACACUAACGGUGCGAAAUAACAACGUUAAAACUCGCAAUAUUGUUUAUUUUCCCCACAGCACUGCCGCCGUUCACCAACACAACCCGUGGCCAUCUAGCUCCCCAGAAUUUCGCCUAACCCCUUUUCGUCAUGAGGGAACGACGUUACGUCGAGCCGCAUCAAAACGCUUAGACCCAGAUGGGCGUUUAUUAAGCAGAAACGCCACUAUGAUCUUCUCGAUAAAAACAGCCUAAUAAUAACAAUAAUAACAACAACAGCAACGCAAGAGUUCGCAAGUUGCCUCCGGUGGGUGGUUGCAACUGUCAAAGGUGGAGCGGAUCCGCGCAUGAGCCAGCACCCGUACUGUAGGCUAUUUACUGUACGCGGCCGCAGAGAUAAUAUCCGUAUAUAUAAAAAAUAGCCGUAAUCCCGAGGUAAGGAACCGAGGACCGCGCCGAAAUCGCACGGAGCAGUGCCUUUCCGACCGUCUUCCGUCGCUUUCGAGUCUUUUCCUCCAGUCAACUCUCCCGUAGAUGUGGGGACAUUUUUACUGCACUAAACAUAUUUCUGUGCCUCCCUUUUGCUUACAGCGCGAGGAUUUUUUUUUACUCCUCCUUCGUAUUAAAGUCGCCAUUUUGCUUCACCGCCUAUAAAAGCUUUCUUGUAUUUAAAAAAAAAUAUUUUCUGCAAGGUGUCGGCGACGUCUCUACCAUUGCCUCUUGUCUUUUUAAACGUCCUGAGUUCGUUGUAUUUUUUUUUUUUUUUUUUUUUUUUUUUUUUUUUUUUUUUUUUUUAAGAGGAGACCGAGGUUAAAAGAGGGACCUUCGUUCACAUAUUAACGGAGAGGAACGGCGGAAGCGAGUCUGGGAAUACGGUGAAAGUGUUUCGGGGGUUAUUUAAUUAGCGUUUUUCUUUCCUCCUCUCUGCCUCUUCUUUCUUCUUUCCUCCUCCUCCUCCUCCUCCUCACUCCUUACUCCUACCACCGCCGCGGACCCACAGCGUGGGGCCGUGAGUGUGGCCGCCGACCGUGACGACGGUCCGUCCGCGGGAGGACAGGUGUGACUGCCAUGUAACGUGACGCGGCGGCGGCGGCGAUAGCCUGAGCCCACGUGGGUGACCCGGGCCACCCGGCCGCUCCAUCUGGGCGGCUGCAGCUUGUCAGGCAUGGACACCUCCAGUGGUGCCCGCUUAGUUAAGCCAACCUUGGGCAUGACAAAAGGUCGUUCACCCAAACAGUCUCACCCCCAUGAAACAGCCCGGAUGGGCGGCACCGGAAAGGACAAUCAUGGUCCCUCCUGCAACGAGAGGUCAGAGGGGAAGAAGAAAGGGCGCCCCCGUGUGGAGGUGCAGGAGCUGCGCAGUAUCCCCGGUCAUAUGAUGGUUCAGUGGAAGGAGGAAUUUAAGAGUCGUUCUCGUGUGAAGUGUCCAAGCUCGGGCUGCUGGCUGGAGUUCCCCAGUAUUUACGGGCUUAAAUACCAUUAUCAGCGCUGCCAAGGGGCCACCAUGGCAGAGAAACUGAGUCACGGAUGCCCAUACUGUGAGGCUGUGUUCGCUACUAAAGUUCGCCUGCAGAAACACAAGCUGUGGAAUCACCCGGAGCGGGUCACCACGGAGACCAAGGCUGCGAUGCCCCUGGAGACCAAGGUGGAGCCGAAGCCUGAAGCUAAACUGCACAAGGGCCCCGUAAAGGGCAACGUCAAAAAGAGGCCUAUAGAGAACAGCCCCCCACCGCCAGUCGUCUUCAAGGUGAAGAAGACCCAGGAAAUGUCGCAGCCCUCUCAGAAUGGGGAGUGCGCCCCCCACAGGCCAGACCGAAGACAACAGCACAGCUCCCAGCAGCAACCGCAGCGGGAGAUCCCGCCAGACGCGGGGGGCAGCGAGAGUGAGGGGGGGAGUCUGCCCCCGCCCUUCCCCGAGGAAGACCCCGAGAGGAUGAAGCACAGGAGGAAGCAGAAGACUCCCAAGAAAUUCACCGGAGAACAGCCCUCCAUCUCGGGCACAUUUGGCCUGAAAGGGAUGAAUAAGGCGGAAGAGAAGCUGAAGGCGGGGAGGGCGAAGCGGCCAGAGGGGGCGCUGUUCAGCGAGGAUCCCCAAAGGAAGCAAGCCAACCCAGCUCCAACCAGGAGAGAAGCUCCCUCCCACAGCCAAGCGGCCCCUUCAGAAGCCCAGUGGCGGCAGGCCAUCCUGGAGCAAGGCGAGGUGUGCUGCCCCGCCUGUUCUGUUGUCACCCGCAAGACCGUCCACGGCCUCAAGAAGCAUAUGGAGAUCUGUCAGAAGCUUCAGGACGCACUGAAAUGUCAACAGUGUCACAAGCAGUUUAGAUCCAAAGCUGGCCUCAAUUACCACGUCAUGGCUGAGCACACCACCAAGCAGCCCUCUGGGAACGAGAAUGUGGGAGGGCGGGAGCAGGAGGAGAGAGAGAGACUCCGCAGAGUUCUCAAACAGAUGGGGAGAAUCAAGUGUCCCAGUGAGGGCUGCUCUGCUCAUUUCUCCAGUCUGAUGGGCUAUCAGUACCAUCAGAAGCGCUGUGGUCGAGAGCUGUCAGAAGCUGAGAAGCCCGUGUUCCUGUGCCAGCACUGUGGCAAGACGUACCGCUCCAAAGCUGGCCGAGACUACCACGUGCGCUCCGAGCACCCCUGCGCAGGUGCCACCGCCCCUCCUGCACGUCCGGUUCUCACCACCGAGGAGGAGAAGCCCGAGAGCAGGAAAGAGAAAGAGCCGUCUCUAGCAGAGAGGACAAAAGCGGAGGCCGUCCAGAGGAAGAGCCUGGUCAAAGCAAGGGAGAGAACAGAGGAGAGGACAGAGGAGAAGGAGGAGGCGCGGGCCGAGGCCGAGGAGCUGCUGGACUUGGAGCGCACACCCAGCGGCCGGGUGAGGAGGCGCUCGGCCCAGGUGGCCGUCUUCCACCUCCAGGAGAUCGCGGAGGACGAGCUGGCCAAGGACUGGGGCACGAAGCGCCGCAUCAAAGACGACCUCGUCCCCGACAUCAAGAGGCUAAACUACACGCGACCCGGUCUCCCCAACUUCAGCCCCAAAAGCCUAGAGACGUGGAAAAAUGAAGUGAAGGAGAAAGGCUUCAUCUGUUGCCCCAAUAGCAGCUGUGAAGCCAUUUACUCCAGCGUGUCGGGUCUCAAGGCUCAUCUGGCAAACUGCCUGAAGGGAGGGGGAGAUGUGGGGAAGUACACCUGCCUCCUGUGCCAGAAGGAAUUCAGCUCUGAGAGUGGAGUGAAAUACCACAUCAGCAAGACACACUCUCAGAACUGGUUUCGAGCAUCUGGGCACGUGGUGCCUAACAGCAGGAGCAAAGAGCUGCACAGCAACGGCCUGCGGAGAGACGCGAAGAACGGAAUCACCGGCAAGAAAAGAGGCCGCAAGCCCAAAGACCACCCCCCCGAGACCACCCCUGACUCAGCAAAGACUCCGAGCACCGCCCCCGGAACAGCCGCAGCCCCGCCCCCGGCCCCUCCUCCGGAUCCCACCCAGGCCCCAACGCCAGCACCAGCCCAACCUCCAACACCCACCACCUCCCGCGCCAACCUGUCCCCAGUGUCCUCCCCUGCGGACGGUGGAAGUCUACCCCAAACCAGAGACACGCAGCACCCCGUCAAGAAGAGGGGAAAACCCAAGAAGGCGCACCUCACAGAGUAACAUGACUUUCACUCCUUCCCCAGCAGACAGGAUGCUGUUAGUAAUACACCAGUACACAAACUGGGCUAAAUCUCCGGCACUGAGGUGAAGGGUUACACAGAAGGCAGCGCUGAUAGAGAGACCCAGAAGGAGGAGGAGAGCAAGAGAAAACAGUUAAUUGGCUCUCGUAUUAGUUUCACACUGAUCUGUUUUUUAACCUGAUAUAUACAUAUACAGUAUAUGUGUCUACUGGUAUAUACUGAUAUAUAAUAUUCUUUUUUUCCAUUCCAUUUUUAGAGUUCAUGUCACCAAUUAAGCUACUCAGACAAUGGGGUUCAUUGUAAUCAACCACUUGUGUGUGUGUGUGGGGGGGGGGGGGGGGG